AGUCUAUAUUUAUAAUUGCAUCACAAUGGAAUUUCCAGAAACUGGAAAACGUUGCUCAAUAAAAGAUUGCAAGUUGUUAGAUUUUUUGCCAUUUGUGUGUGAGCAUUGUCAAGCCACUUUCUGUAAAGAACAUUUUCAUACAAUAUCGCACGAGUGUUUAAAGGCAGAGAAUCCAAAGCCUAUUUUAGAAAAGCCAGUCAAUUUUUUGUGUUCUAAAGAAUCUUGCAAGGAAACAUCGCCAGUAGAAAUGCCUUGCAUCAAAUGUAAACAACAUUUUUGCCUGGCACACAGACAUCACGGAUGUUUGGAACUAGAUGAAACAGAAAAAAUUCAAAAGCUGAAGAAAUGGCAAAUACCAAAAAAGCAAUUUGCAGAAGCAAAGGCAAUAGUAGAUAAACAAAUUGCAGACAGCUUGAAGAAGUCGAAAAAUACAGCAAUGGCGAAUAAAGUACAACUUAUGCGUGUUAAAGGUUCUGCGAUUGGUCCCAAAAAUGUAUCAAUGAGCGAAAGGUGUUAUUUCCUUGUGAGUUUACCCCUCACGGUUAAGAAUAAACAUAUAUGCACACCCAAAGGUGUUUUUGUCAAUGCACAAUGGACUAUUGGCAAAUGUAUAGAUUCAAUAGCUGACACACUCAAAGUUCCAAAUGACAAUAAUGCAGUCGCCACAAAUAAAUUGCGAUUGUUCCAUCAUUCUAAUGGAGCUUUAAUAUGCGGCGAAAUGGAUACACCUUUGACAAAAUUAUUUGAAGAUUCUACUAUUGUCGAUGGACAGCAUAUUAUUCUGGAAUAUUCUGACAAUAUAUCUGUAGAUAUGUCUUUAUAUAAGUAGAUCUCUAUUGUACUACUGUGGUUUUGUUUUUCCUGAUAGUUUUUUUAUAAUAUAAUUAUACAGCACAAGUCUAACAAAUAAACGAUCAUAUUAUGGAAAUAA